CCUUCGCCCACUCCAUUUGUCCCCGAUGUUGAGACUUUUUUAUCGUUGAUCGGUCGUGAUAUGUCCAAGCACGCGAGCAAAUUCUCAUCCUGGGAAAGUCUGUUCUCCCUCACGUCCUCUGAAUUACGAGACCUCGGUAUUGAACCCGCACGACAAAGACGAUACCUUCUUCGGCAACGCGAGAAGUUCAAGAAUGGAAUAUACGGCCCCGGCGGUGAUCUAGACACGGUUGUCAAUGGUGUCGCUCAACUCCGGGUAGUCGAAGUGCCUACAAACUCAACGAACCAAGAUACUCAACCUAUCGCAUCCGCUACCUUAACCCCAGGAAUGCGAAAGCUCAUUGUCAAUUUGCCGCCAGAUGUAGAACAUUACGAGCACAAAGGAUCUAGUGUUAUCCAGAAAUUUGCGCACAUGAAAAUCCACCGAGGAUCUAUGCUGAAAGGCCCAUAUCUUCAAGUAAUUAAAGGCACCAAUGGAUCAGCAGCAUUAAUCAAAGCUACAGAGGGUAUGUGGGAAGAUAAACGGGGGCAGAAAGUCGAUGGUGGUGAACGUCGUCGCGCCGAAGUACGAGCAAAGAAGAGAAGUGCAGAGAGGCGCUUAGCUAGU